AUGCUCAGCUCGUCGGGCGUGGUGCUCUUCUCCGCCGUCGACUUGGCCCAAGCCCAAGCGGCGCGCUCGAUGCGGCGAGGCGCUUCGCUCACGGACACCGCCUCCUGUCGUCGUCCAGUUGCGACGAGCCUCGCCCGCACCGACUACACCUCCGACUCGCGUACCGAGUAUGAGCUCGUGCAAGACGCCGCUUCAAUUCCGCCCAUGCUUCAAGCCGAGCCGUCGCCGCCGCCCUGCCCCCGCACCAUCAACUUUCGUAUUCAAGAGUCGGACGCGACCAAGCUCGUCGUGAGCGGCCGGGCAAUCCUGCUCGGCGCAAUCCUCGGUGUCGGCCUCGGCUUUCUCAUUUCGCGCGUGCCAUUGCUCAAGACACACGUCUCGAUCUGGGUCGCACUACCCGGGGAUCUAUUUGUGCGCGCGCUGCGCUGCCUCGUCGUGCCCAUGGUGUUUACAGGUAUCACCGUCGCGAUUGCCGAUGCCGUCAACAAGGGCAAGGCGUCCGUGCUCGGGCUGCGGACACUCGGCUUGUUUGGUCUCUCGAGCGGUCUCUCGGCGGCGCUCGGCCUCGGCGUCGCGCUUCUCUUCCAGCCGCUCUUUGUCCGCGUCGCGCCGUCGGCAUCAGCGCCCACGUCGCCUGCCCUCGCGUUCAAGUGCCACAACGGUCUGUACCUCGCGAUGGCGGGCAAUGGGUCCGUGGGCUGCACGUCGUCGUCGCCAUCCGUGUUUGAAAUCGCCGACGUCAACCAUGUCAUGUUGUCCCGUGGCGUGCUCAACUCGAACGAUGUGACGAGCAUGACGACGCAGCUGCUGCGGAUGUUCGAGCUCCUCGUGACAGACAAUAUCUUCCGCGCCUUUGCCGACGGCACACUGCUGAGCGUCAUCAUGUUUGCAUUGCCGCUCGGCGUCGUGGUCGUGCGCAGCCACCACGAUCGAUCGCGGGGGGGCGUCCCACCCGCCAACCCCCUCUUGCACCUCGUUCGCCAAACGAGAAAUGCAUUCUUGGUCUUGGUGCACGCGCUGCUUCGGCUCACGCCGGUGGCGAUUGUGUUUUUGAUUGGCGGUGCGAUUGCGAGCCUCGACGCCAACACGGCGACGCUCCAUCAAGCGCUCUUGGUCCUCGCGGCGUAUGCGUCGGGGGUGGCGAUCCACGCACUGCUCGUGCUGCCACUCCUCCUCUUUGUCUUGACGUGGACCAACCCGUUUGCGUUCAUGAAGCAUCUGCUUCCCUCCUACACGUUUGCAUUUGGCUGCGCCUCGUCGAUGGCGACACUACCGAUCGCACUCGCCGACCUCCAAGCGACGCGGACGACGCCCAACUCGCUCGCUUCGCUCGUCAUGGCCCUCGGCACGACCAUCAAUAUGAAUGCGGCCGGGCUCUACUACCCGCUCAUGACGGUCUUCUUGGCCGCGACGCGCUCGAGCGGCCCCGUGGACCUCUCGUCGUCGCAGCUAAUCGUGCUCUACUGCAUGAGCUUGCUCGGUGCCAUGGGCACGGCCCCUAUCCCGAACGCAGGCCUUGUCAUGCUGCUCACGGUGUGGAAGACCGUUCUGCCGCACGAGUCGGUGCCGCCGUCGUUUGCGCUCGUGGUCGCGAUGGACUUUCUCAUCGACCGCAUCUCGACGGCUCUCAACGUCCACGGCAAUGUGAUUGUCACGCGCAUUCUGGCCGAGUACGUCGACGAUGUCGAAGAUGUCGAAGACCCAGCUUCAAGUCGCGUCGUCUAA